AAAAUAAAACCCUGAUUCAUGGAGGAAGAAGGCACUCUAGGACAAGGAGAUGGCUCCUACCACAUUUACAUCAGAGAACAGGUGACUGGAAAUAAAACUAAGUCUGUUUAUGAACGUGCAAUGGAAACAGUAGUUUCUGAAAUCAGCAUACAUAUGCCUGCGAGUUGCCAUAUCUGUUUCGAUGAUGAUUUCAAAGCUGAGCAGAUGUUUUCUGUUCCUUUAUGCGGUCAUCGAUUCUGUAUUGAGUGCGUGAAACGACAUAUAGAAGCGAGGCUACUCGAGGGACGUGUACCGAGAUGUCCUGAUUACCAAUGCGAGUCUAAGCUAACUUUUAGAAGCUGUGCUAACCUUUUGACACCUAAACUAAAAGCGAUGUGGGAACAAAGGAUCGCAGAUGAAUUGAUUUUUGUGGCAGACAGAAUUUAUUGCCCAAACCCGAGGUGCUCGGCUUUGAUGUCGGUAACAGAGCUCUCUAUAUCUACUCAAGAAGCUAAAGUUAGGAGAUGUUGUGUCAAAUGCAGUGAACCCUUUUGCAUCAACUGCAAAGUUCCAUGGCAUAGUGACUUGUCAUGCGGUGAUUACAAGAGAUUGGGUCCGAAAUCUACUCUAAAUGAUAUAAAGCUAAUAAUUCUAGCAAAUCAGAAAUUGUGGCGUCAAUGUAAAAAGUGCAACAACAUGAUCGAACGUUCGGAAGGAUGCUCCAAAUUAACUUGCAGGUUUUCAUCACAUUCUCUAGCUGUUAUAACUUUUUAAAAAUUUGAUUAUGUUUCUCGCGUAAUUAAUAACAUUGUAAUAAUGUUGAUGUUUGAUGGUUAGGUGUGGAUAUUCGUUUUGCUACACAUGUGGUACCGAAUGGAAGCGAGGAGGUUGCACUCACCGAGCAAACUUGCAUACAUGCUAUACUUUUAUCUUACUUGUUAUUACUGUUUUAAUAAUAGUUCCUAUAUUUA